GCUAUUUAUAUCAAUUUUCGCAUAGAAAAACUUAACACCGCGACUUUUAUAGGUUACUAUAUUUUUCAGCGUAGGUUUCUCUAUGUUGUUAGUCAGCCGGUGUUUGAAAACUAUCAGCAUUCCCAUUCUCUCACGAUAUCAGAGUUGUUUAUCAACCAUGGCUUUAACAGAAGUUUCAAGCAACAAAAUGUUUGGAGGCUAUCAAAAAGUCUUCAGUCAUGAAAGCAAAGAAGUGAAAUGCACCAUGAAGUUUGGCAUCUUCCUACCUCCACAGGCUGAGAAUGGAAAGUGCCCCAUCCUCUACUGGCUGUCAGGACUGACCUGCACAGAACAGAAUUUCGUCACCAAGGCAGGAGCCCAGCGGGUGGCUGCUGAGCUUGGCUUUGUGGUUGUUGCCCCAGAUACCAGUCCAAGAGGUUGUAACAUAGAGGGAGAGGAAGAUGGCUGGGACUUUGGGACAGGGGCGGGGUUUUACGUCAACGCCACCCAAGAGAAGUGGAAGACCAACUACAGAAUGUACUCCUACGUGACGGAGGAGCUUCCAGCACUUAUAAAUGCAAAUUUUCCUGUUCUUGGAGAUAAACAGGGUAUAUUUGGUCACAGCAUGGGUGGACAUGGUGCCCUCAUCUGUGCACUGAAGAACCCUGGGAAAUACUUGAGUGUGAGUGCAUUUGCACCCAUUUGUAAUCCGGUCAACUGUCCCUGGGGAAAGAAGGCCUUCUCUGGUUACCUAGGAGACAACCAAGAGGAUUGGAAGGAAUAUGAUGCCUGUUGUCUGGUGAAGAAAUAUAACGGUCCACCAUUGAAGAUUUUGGUUGAUCAGGGAAAGGCUGAUAAUUUCCUGCCAGCAGGCCAACUCCUCCCUGAUAACUUUGUGACGGCCUGUGCUGAGGCCAAGAUGGAGCUGGUCAUGAGGAUGCAAGAGGGGUAUGACCAUAGCUACUAUUUCAUGGCAACCUUCAUGGAGGAUCAUGUGAGACACCAUGCCAAGUUCCUGAAGUGAGGCAGCUCCAUCCACCGCAGACAGACAUUAAACAAAUUAUUACUAAAGUGAUUCUAAUGAUUUUAGAUCAAAUUGACUGUAUCUUUCUGGAGAAGAAAUGUACAUCAGUUUGACGUGUAUGAUCUAUGACUGGCACUGUGUGCUUUGAUUCAACUCUUGUAUCAACAUUUUCCUUGUGGAUUAAAAUUUUUGUUUUGUCUAAUAUCAAAAAAGGGUAGCUUGAGAUCAUGACCUGUUUCUACACUCUUGUUUUGUAAAAUGAACAACUUAGAAGUAACAAUCCAUGUAAUUUUAAAUUUGAGUAGAAAAACUCCACCAUUUAUUGAAUUCUUUGCCACGUUCUAUAUUAAGCCAUAUAUUUCUACUCGUGUUGAUCAUGUCUAUAUUGUCAGAAUAUUAUAGGUUGUUUAUCAAUAUGGGUUUAUAAUCUGAAUGUUAUUAAGAUGAUUGAUUUUUGUUUUACAUGCAAUCAUUUGUAUAUUCAUACAAAUUAAAUAUGAUUAUCCCUAA